AUGGCCAUGCGAACAGCGCUGCUGCUGGUGGUGUUGGUGCUGGUGGUGGCCAGCAGCGUGUGCGAGUGUGCGGCCCAACAAGGCAGUGGCAGCAACAGCUCAGUGAGUGCCGAUGCGACCACGACAACCCAGACCACAACAACAACAACAACGACGACGACGACGACGUCUGCAUCGAGUGGCGUGGUUGUUGUGCCCAUGCUGAGGCAUGCCGAGCAAAGCUUCGCCGCCAACUCAACAGCAGCGCACUCCCUAGCUCGCCACGCUCACCGAUACGGCUUCGUCCCCCCCAUCACAAACAUUUCCCUGCGCGGAUACCCUGCGACAGCCUACCACGUGCAGAUGUCGUUUGGAACCAACGGCGCGGGUGGCGAGCUCAACUGCGUCGUUGAUACCGGGAGCAGUAACCUCGCCGUGUCCGCGGACCCCACAGAUGAUGCCAAGAAUCACUUCAAGACUACGGACACGACCACGUGGAUGUCCACGUACUUUAACGUCGAAUAUGUGAUGUCCGGUUGGAGGGCGGAGCGCGUCUCAGACAUUGUCGGGUUUGCAGGCGAACCCGCACUUCGCGAUGUGGUUGAGUUUGGCGGGAUUAUUGAAUCCACAGACUUCUUCCAGGAGAAGAGCACAUAUGACGGCAUUCUCGGCCUCGCAUACGCCGCAAUUGCCGCUCCGCCAAGUGACCCCGUAGAGCCGUUCUUCACCACCAUCAUCCGGAAACAGGACGUGAACCCCGUGUUUGGGGUGCAGAUGUGCGUGCUGCUGCCGAGCCCCAUUGUUGCGCCGUCACAUCCAAGCACCACCGCACACCCCAUCCCGGCCAACGCAUCUUCGACCUCGGCAACAACACCGUCAUCAAUGACAAUGGCUGAUGCUUCCACACACGCCGACAACACCACGACAGCUGUAUCAUCAUCAUCAUCAUCAUCAUCAUCAUCAUCAUCAUCAUCAUCAUCAUCAUCAUCAUCAUCAUCAUCAUCAUCGUCGUCGUCGCCAUCAUCUGCACGGGCUGUUCUUCCGUCUGUCUCCAAACACACCGUCAGCCGCGACACGUACACAAGCUACGGUCGGCUGAGCGUUGGUGGGGUUGACACGACACACGCUGUGCACCCCUUUGUGUACACCCCGACCUUCAUCGACGACUUUUACACCGUCGUCGUUGCCGACAUCAAAGUUGGAGGCGUCUCAAUCGAUAUGGAUUGCCGCCUGUACAACUCGCCCUACUACUCCAUCGUUGACACUGGUACGACGGAUGUGAUUGUGCCGACGACGGUGCAUGCUCCGAUUGUGCAGCAAGUGGACGAAGUUCUCCUCCUCGGGAACGACCAGCGCCUUGCAGACGCAUUCUACAAGGGCGAGACGUGCCUGGACAUUGACGACGAAACCGUAUACACGAUGCUGCCAGAUAUCCACUUCAGUGUGCUGUCGAGUGCAAACCAAUCUGAGGCGUUUGAUCUGCGUGUACCGCCAUGGCGCUAUCUCCGCUUCGCUGUCGAUAAGGACCAAAACCGCUGCUACUUCUUCAGCAUUGUUCCUCUCGACGACCAGACGGGCAUCACGCUCGGUAUAACAGUGCUGAGCGGGUACGUGGUGUCCUUUGACCAGUCCAAUGCCCGUGUCGGCUUUGCUGUGUCCGACUGCUCUGGGUAUUGGGAGGAGGACACCAUGCGUGGGAUUGAGCCGCAGCCAACGCCUUACCCGCUGCCGUUUGACUCGGCCCGCUGCUUCCCAGUCAUGAAGGACUCGGAUAUUCCCUCGCUUUGGGUGUAUGUGACGGUUGGCGUUGGGGGCGGUAUGCUCGUCGGCACCGCAGUGGCACUUCUCUGCUUCGUGUUCAAGUGGCGCAAGAAGAAGCGCACGGCGCCGCAAAUGCCCGAAAUUGCGGGUGUGAAUGCGCCGGGGACCAAUGGACACGGCAGCAUCAACGCAACCAAAGUCGCUGUCGACCAAGUUGUCGUCAUGGAUGACUCGGGUCUCUUUGCCAAGACUUGA